AAGACAUAUAGCUUCCUUGAUGCCCGGAGACAAAGAGGUUUUAGCGACAUGAUUCGUCGACUUCCGGAUGUGCAAUCAAGGGAUUCCAAAUCGCUGACUAUGGUGCUGUGCAGCAGACGGCAACUAACUUGGCGGCUGAAGCAUUGAACUAGCUCUUAUCAGUCUCUUCGAAUCCCAGCGUUCACAGCAUAUUCAUACAGUCUAUUGGGGGGUCCAAUGGCGUCAAACAAGUUGUUGCUUAACCUUGGACCAGAUAUUCUCCCAAUCAUCGACUUGCAUAAAUCUCUCCUCAAAAGUUGUCUGCAGGCGGAUGAGAGGCUUCUCGACUGUGACAAACCAAUUUCGGGCAUGGAGCUCAAAGUUGAACGCUUGCUUCGUCUUUUCCCUUAUCACUCACGUUAUAUUGUUAUCCCUGACAUUGCUACAUUUGAGCUCCGUGCUGCAAUCCAGUGUGUUGGGGUCGCUCGCCUGCCAGCGGGAGGAAGACCUGCUGACUUGCUCGAUCCAGCUGCAUUUUUCAGGGAUAUUAUAGACCCCAACCAUGUUUUAAAGCUGCCGCCGCUUUGCUGGUCUCAACUGGUGCGGGUUGCAAGGGAUGACGGCGCCUUUCGUCCUCUAGAUCCUGAUAAUGAUAAUCAUGCCGACUUGUUUCUUCUUUGGCUCUGUUCUGCAGUCUUAUGUUCAUUUGACGCACCGCAGAAGGGCCUCAAGCAGGGUUUUGGUUGUCCGUUGAUUCUUGAAUUUUCGGAUGCGUUGCCCUGUUUCCCUGGAAGAAUCUAUCACCACGUUCUCUCGACAUGCUCUCUAACUUUGUCAGAGAUCCACCUUCAGACUGGCCAUCGUUGCCACCGCCUCUGAGGGUGUUUAUAAUGGCUGUUGCAUUCUUGCUUCACAAACUUGUUCUGCCAGGAUCAGAUACCUCUCAUUCCAUCAUUCAUCUCUCGUUAACUACUGCGGUCGAGUGGAUCCGUCACCAAACGUUUUCACGCUCAAGAAAGCUACCGCU